AAAUAUCGUCAGUGCAUGGCUGGACUGCUUGCCCCACCCUAUGGAGUUAUGGAAAGUGGUGGACGCAGCACUGACAGUGAGUACAAGAACUACAGUGACAUCAGUAAUGUUCACCUACAGUAAAAUGCUCCUUACUGGCCUACCUCUUGCCUUUACUAUGAAAUAAGCGAUAUCACAGUUUGAAAGUCUAAGAAUAGUCAGGUAUCUCCCCUCAGAUAAGGUUUUGAAGUGAAAUGACUAAUGAUGUUUUUCCUGAAGGGUAAAAACACACACACUCUUCUUACUGUACAAAUCUCCCUUGGGGACUGUCCAAUGAUAUUAUGUAACACACUCAAGGAGAUUCUAGUCGACACAUACUGUAUCUACAUUCAACAUAGCAUCGCGAUUAUGUAUUUAUCUGUCUAAGUAUAUUUGUGAACAUGCACCAAUUGUUGCAUAGAAACAAGUGCUAGUCAUGUCUGAAAAUAAAUACUAAUCUAUGGGAUUUAUUUUGUGUUGCUUUGGCUUUAAACUCAGACUUAAUGUUUUAGGAAUGAAAACAAGUGGCAUUUUUCUAUUUUCUUACUCAGGAAUGCCUGACAAAGAGAACAUAAGCAACAACUCUUUUGGAUCCAUCUCUAAACAUCUGAAUAAGGUACAGUAGUGUAUCCUGAACACAAAACGGAGACUUCAUCAUUAAAUAUCAUAAUGAUUUACUUUCACCAUCAAACAUUGUCCACUAUCAUCAUCCAAAAAGCACGGUAUGACUGUGGCAGUAACCAUGAAAUCUUGGCAGCCCAGAGACAAAAUCUAGCGUAAACGUCUGUGUACGAGAGAUUAGUAACCACUUUAUGUGAAGUGAAUAUCAUCCAGAUUGAACACUGUUGUGAAUGGCAGAGUGACAGUUGGUGGUAAAGUGAUGGGUAUUUACUCAUAUGUACUUGCUGCUUACAUGGAUCCUGAUCUAACAACAUCCUCUGUAGUUGCCAGAAGCUCUAAAUAAGUCUGGAAUGUGGAGUUUGUUUAAAGUUUGACUAAAUAUAAACAAGGCUGCUUCUAAGACCUGGCUUCCGUUGGUGUGCAUCAUGUCCUUAGUAGUUCCCGUUCCACCUUAACCCUGUGGUGACUUCCUUACCUCCAUUCAUAUAACAUGGUGCUACUCUGGAGGGGGUUUCACUAUUUAUUGCCGCUUGGACUUUGUUCUUUUCAGACCAGCCAAAACAUGUGCACUAUAAAUAACUACAAGGACAGUAUAAAUUAGGUUUUUUAUUUUUGUAUUUUUUUGCAAACCCUCCUGCGGUUGUAUUGUUGGUAAAUAUUUGCCUAACUCGAAGGCUCUACAUAUUUCAGUCACAGAAAAAAAACAUAUGCAGUGAUAAUCUUUUUGUUAUGUAAUUCAUACCUUCAGUUAAAGGUGAGUGCACCCAUCUAUAUGAAUAUUAGACCAGUGAACCCUAACCCUAUAGACACAGAAUGCAUAAAUUCCCACAGUAAUACAUUAAUUAUGGGAAUCCACAGUCCUCACUGACAUGUACGUUAAGUGCACAUGCUGUAGCCUAUAUAUUCUUAAUGAGUCCAAAUUAUCACUGAUGCAUGUAGAAAGCUCUUGAAAUGUCACCUACAGUAUGUGACUAUAGUAUGCCCACUUCGAACUACAUCCUUGUGUUCAUCCUCUCAUGUCAUUUUAUGACCAUCAUAAGAUGUUAAAGUGGGUCAACUGUGCUGUGGUGUUAGUGCAUUUCACCCUCAUCAUUGAUGAUGAAUUUAUAUAGUGGUUAAGCAUCUAUGUAACUAUUGGUCAUGGCUGUGAGAGUGAUGAUGUUAGAAAAGAGGUUAUGUAGAGUUUGAACAGCAGUCAUUAUGUCCACUCUGUAGUGCAUGGUGUGCUGCUUUAGUGCAUAGUCUCUCUUGAUGUUUUUACCUUAUGAAUACCACAUCCAUCCACGACUAGUUCAAGGUGGUUUCUGUGCUGUGGGUCCAAGGGUUUGGGAUGUAAGCACUGACAUCUGCUAAUGAAUCUAGUAAAUAAAUGCCCAUUUAAUGGGGCCAUGUUGAUAGUGGAGGUUGUUAGUGGUAAAGACUACCUCUACAAAAAUGCCUAAUCUCUGUCAUCAUUGAAAAACAUAGGGAGGGAACUGUGACCAUUCACUACAGUCUGUAUCAUGUCAUACUAUCACUCAUUUCCAUAUCAUCCCUGUCCUUUAUUUUGUGCUUUUAUUUUGGAAUCCAUGAUGUUUCCUUGUGUGUGUUUUUUCAGUCAUUGUCAUGUCAUUUGAUUUUUCAGAAUUCAUUAAUUGAAAGCCCAGCCAAACUCCAUCCUAAAUCCAUUUCUCAGAUAGUAAAGACCAUCACAUCAGUAAAGGCCAACUCCUCUGUUUCUAUUGUAAAGCCCUGCCUCUACUCCAUCCUUCUAUUCUCUCCCAACAGGUCCCAUCUGAGAAAAUCCUGCGAGCGGGGAAGGUUCUCCGUGAUGCUAUCCUCUCCAGAGCUCCCCACAUGAUCCGAGACAGGAAGUACCACCUGAAGACAUACAAGUGGGUUGUAGUAUCUCAUGUACCAUGUACACCUGCUACUCUCAUGUCACAGAAUGUGUACAUCUGUGUGUGCGCGUGUAUUGUUAAUGUCUGUUUUUUGCUGUAUGUAUUUCCUGAUGUGAUGUGUGUAUCUCCUGCAGGCAAUGCUGUGUGGGAACAGAGCUGGUUGACUGGCAGAUGCAGCAGAGCUCCUCUGUUUACUCUCGCAUUCAAGCAGUGGGCAUGUGGCAGGUGCUGCUGGAGGAAGGUGUUCUCAACCACGGUGAGCCACAAAAGUACAAUAGACCGUAGCUAAGGAUACCCUCUGUGUGUGUGGGCCAUUCCACGAAAAGAGUGCCUUUUGCAUCCCUUUAAUAUUUUAAGUAGAAAUUGUGCACCAAUAUUGCAUUUUAAAAGCCUGUUAUAUUAAAUGAAGUGCCCGUUAAUAUAGACCACAUGGAGAAUUCAAUAAAUCAGAUUCUUUUAUAUGAAUAAAGGCUUGCUAAAGUGCUAAAAUUCAGCAUUUUGACGUGCCCCUCAGUCAACCCUGUCACUUCUAGGAAGAUUUUAACCCACAUUUCUCCAAGUUUCACCAUCAUUGUUAAGCCCUAGUUAUUUUGAUGCUUUGUCAAAGUCUUCUCUGAAGAUGAUAAUUUAUAUAAUGUGAUUAGUGAUUAAUUUAUGUCAAAUGUCAACAAUUACAAAUUUGCAUUCAAUUGCCACUCCCUGUUGCACACAACAAGCUUGCAUUCCCUCUGUCUCAAGGGUAUUUAUGGCUGAAAUCUGUUUAUGGUCAACCCUGUUACUUUAUUUGGCACUUAAUAGGCUCUUACUAUAGUAAUUUGAGAUGGGGAAAACAUGUUUUUUAUGAAGUUGACAGAAUGUUAAAAUUAGGUGAAAACAACCUUUUUAUUUUCACCAAGUUACACUUCUCAAAAGGCACCGAAUUGGUGGAAUGACCCGUGUGUGUGUGUGUUUGUGUGUGUGUACCUGUGUAUGCAUGCAUGUAAAAUAUGCUGUGUUGGGAUUGUGCUGCAGUGGACCAGGAGCUGACCUUCCAGGACAAGUAUAUUUUCUACCGUUUCCUGGUUGAUGAGCAGGAAGACGCUCCCCUGCCCACUGAGGAGGAGACCAGGGAGAGUGAUGAGGAGCUGCAGGAUACCCUCCUCCUCCUCUCUCAGGUCGGCCCUGAUGCCCACAUGCGCAUGAUCCUGAGGAAACCGUAAGGACCAAUCAUAGAGAUUGCCACCUGCUGGUAUGAUAGAUAUACAGUAUCUGCAGGUUUGGCAGUUUGGGUUAGGAAAGAUAUAUGUAUGUAUAUAUGUAUAUAUGUGUGUAAGCUAAGUGCAAAGCUGAUGCUAGCAAAGCUGAUGCUAGCAAAGCUGAUGCUAAAGUCCUGUUCAAAGUGAAUCAAUUAGAUUGUAAUCAAGGUCAAAUAAUUGUUUAAUUGGUGCAUAUUUCCCCUUCCCCAGUCCAGGACAGAGGACAGCGGAUGAUUUGGAGAUCAUUUAUGAGGAGCUGCUCCAUAUAAAGGCCUUAUCGCACCUAUCCACCACUGUGAGUGCAGAUUCGGUUACAAUAAUAACCCAUUGUAGGCCUAUAUUAGAUGUCGGCAACAGUCGUCCCGCGGGCCGGUUUUGGAUGUUGUUUUUUUGUAAUGUUUUUAAAAAAACAAAUUCAAUGAUUUUUGGAAAAAGAAAAAUGUGUAAAAGAAAAAGACUGUAAAAGCACCAGGAAUUCAGCAAAAAAAUAUUUGUAUUCAGUAAAUCUGUUCCCAAGUAUUCUUACAAAUAAAAAGAGAGAAAUAUGUGAUCGUGUCUCAAUGUAAUGAGGUGUGAAAUUAUUGUUAUUUUCAAAUGCAAUCUAUUUUUGAGUUUACUUAUGGUCAAUUUGCAGUGUACAAAUUAUUAUAAUUAUGUUCCGUCCCCCCGACCAUCCGCUUGAAUCUAGUUGCCUACCACUGGCCUAUAUGAUUUCACCUCUAACCUAUCUGGUUUUCCUAUGCUUCUACAGGUAAAGAGGGAACUAGCCAGUGUCCUGAUCUUUGAGUCCCAUGCCAAAGCAGGAACAGUGUGUAAGUAGUGUAACACUGUCUUCAUGACCGGAGUUCAAUUUAUUUAACCUAAUCAACUUUGCACGCAAGACAUCGUUUUAUAAAUGCAUUAUCUACAUGGAGGUUGUAUACUAAACCCUUUUUUUCUGUUGAAUUCUUUGAAAUGUUUUGGUGGAAAACCUCUUUAUAACCUCUUUACAUAUCAGUUUUUUGUUGUAAUCUUUCACUUGUUCAGUGUUCAAUCAAGGGGAGGAAGGCACAUCGUGGUACAUCAUUCUAAAGGGCUCUGUAAACGUUGUCAUUUAUGGAAAGGUAAAAAAAAAAAUCAGCCUUCAGAAAUAACAUGUAUUAUUUGAAUCUCUCAUCUCAUACAAUUGAUCCCCAUUUGAUCAAUACAGCUAAUCACCAUAGCUUACUAUAGAAUAUAUGAGUGUGUAAGAGUUAUAUAAUUUAAAAUAUGCUGUAUGUGCUCUCACUCACCUCAUUUUCCCUGCAUCGCACAUGUAUUCUUUGUUUGCUUGUUUCACACAGGGGGUUGUUUGCACGCUGCAUGAGGGAGAUGACUUUGGGAAGCUUGCCCUGGUCAACGAUGCCCCCCGCGCCGCCUCCAUUGUCCUACGAGACGAUAACUGCCACUUCCUACGUGUGGACAAGGAGGACUUCAACCGGAUCCUGAGAGUGAGUUAUCUGGGGAAGUUAACGUGGCCCUCCUCCACCUCUGCUCAGUGUCAAGUCCCACUAUCAUUUUUCAAUGGUAUAGUCUCCCUCUAUUGGUUGAGGUUCAACAUUGCAGAAUGAUGCCUACAUUAAAGGAUACUCUACUAUCAACUUUGUAGUUCAAUGGAGACAGAUGUCUGUAGAAAAGGUACAGGAUAAACCCUAAGGCAAACCUUCAACUGUUAGCCUCUUGUCUCUCUACAUUCUCCCUCCACAGCCUAUUGUUUAGCCUGGCCCAUAUGCAGCCUGCAUCAGACUUUGAUAGGACAUCAGGGUCUUGAUUGUGUCUAUUGAAAAGCGGAUGGAUGGAUGAUGGUUAUCUGUGUGAUCCACAGAGGCAGGCACUCUGUAUUAGGCUCAUUCAAUCCUCUGUAUAUCUCCUGUUGGCUCUGGCCUGAUGGGCUGCUAGGCCAGACACAGGCUACGUCCCAAAUGGAACCCUAUUCCCUAUAUAGUACCCUACUUUUGAAUAGAGCCCUAUGGGCCCUGGUCAAAAGUUGUGCACUACAUAGGAAAUAGGGUGUCAUUUGGGAUGCAGCCUCAGUCAAACUGCUGACCUCCCAGUCUCCCUGUCAGUUGUACUAGCAUACUAAUCCAUCAGGCUUACAGUACCAUAGUCCUGAUGGGAUGAUGUAGUCAGGCCUCUGCAUGCGAACUACCAGGGGCCAUAUUUAAGUCAGAGAAAGAAGUCAACUAUCCCCCCAUUAUUUUGGCUGCAUGUACUGUAGGCCUAUUCUGCAGGAUUUGCUUGUACAAUAUUACCGAUAUAUAUUAUUAUAAUAUACAGUAUAUAUAUACACUAUAUAUACACACAGUGGCAAGUUUAUUAGGUACACCCAUCUAGUACCAGGUCGGACCCCUUCUUUGCCUCCAGAACAGCGUACCGAGAUGCCGUUCUGCACACAACUGUUGUAGUGCACAGUUAUUUGCCUGUUUGUGGCCCGCCUGUUAGUUUGCACGAUUCUUGACAUUCUCCUUCGACCGCUCAUCAAUGAGCUGUUUUCGCCGCCAACUGGAUUUAUUUUGUUUGUCGCACCAUUCUCGGUAAACCCUAGACACUGUCGUGCGUGAAAAGCCCAGGAGGCCGGCCGUUUCUGAGAUACUGGAACCGGCACGCAUGGCACUGACGAUCAUACCACGCUCAAAGUCGCUUAGGUCACUCGUUUUGCCCAUUCUAACGUUCAAUCAAACAAUAACUGAAUGCCUCGAUGCCUGUCUGCCUGCUUUAUAUAGCAAGCCACGGCCAUGUGACUCACUGUCUGUAGGAGUGAACCAUUUUUGUGAACAGGGUGGUGUACCUAAUAAACUGGCCACUGUGUGUGUAUAUACGUAUAUAUACAUACAUACAUACAUAUACAAAAGUAUGUGGACACCCCAAAAUUUGAAAUUGUGUUUUUUACAUUGGAUAAAAGUAGAGACUCAGAGCUACAAAAUGGUAUACCACAUACUACAGUUGAGGAACAAUGGGAAAGUAAUUAUGCUUCGAAAGUUGAUAAACUUGUAACUUCACUUUUGAGAAAAUGGACCUUGAAUGAUUUGGUACACCUACUGGAGAGCUCUUCUUUGUCUACACCUAUUCAGCAUAGUUCACACCCUCUUAAGCCUUAGCCCCACCCAUCUCUUUAAGGAUUCAUGUAUGAGGCCAUGUGCUAAACAGAGUAAAGAAGUGUAGUAAACAACCAAAGAUUUCAAGACUAAAAGUGGGUUAAGUAGUAGCCUACAAUAAGGAAAAACUCCAGGUAAAAAUACACUUUAUCUAGUCCUUGGCCCAUAUCCUAAUCUGACUUUGAAAGUGUACAGAUCAAAAUAUUGUAUCAAUAUUUUAUAAUUAUUAGAUGAUGCUUACCCAGACACUUGUCUAAAUUGAUGGGUCAUGUGAAAUAAAUGCUAUAACCACCCCCCAGCCACAUCUAGCUAAGUGGAUGGGUCACUAUUGUCUAAACAUGUACACGUCCAUGAAAUACAAUAAAUGGCCGUAAUCACCCCCAGACACACCUGGCUAACUUGAUGGGUCAUGUAAUCAUUCUCGUACGAAGUGUAGUCUUUUGUUUAGACAUGUAGCUAACUAGCUAAACAAUGAACCAUAAUCCCAACCCAUAGCUACAGUACAAACGGAUUGUCAUAGCUAGCCACCAUGCAUGAAAUGCUGGAGUAUGAAUCUGCAGGUAGCUAAAGCUAACCAACUUGGUUCAACGUUAGCUAGCUAGCUAACAUUAGGCUAUAACUAGCAAUGCAAAUAGUUUUCUGAGAUACAAAUAAUAUUACUACACAGAUCAUACACGUAACGUUAGCUAGCGAGUCAGCAAGCUAACGAUUGCUAGCUUGCUAACAUUACGCUUUAUCUUGCAAUGAAAACGACUUUCUGACAAAAGUUGAAACUUAUAAUAUCUGAAAAUAUCUGAAAAUGCUAGACUCUUACCCGUAUACAUGGAUGAACGCUUCACGGCAGUGUGUCUUUUCCGUUUGGUUUGUAGCUAGUUACAGCUUGUUUGGCCCAUUGUUGUGUCAAGACACUCUGGUUCACACUGACCGUGUGCAGAAAGUAGUCCAUCACAAUUUUUUCCCACUCAUCUUUGUCAAUAGCGCCUGCUAAAUUCUGGGCCGCAAUGUUGUUGAGAGCAGUAGCAACACUUUUUCAGUUAUCCAUGGCUUAUAUCUUUCAAAAAAGCCACGGUAGCAAGGACUAUCUACACAUACUGAGCAGCUCAUGUUAUAGACAGAAGCGAGCUACAUGGCAGACCAAUCCAAACUCAUCUCUCGGCAUGUCCAGCCCAUCCAUUAUCUCAGCCAAUCAUGGCUACCGGGAAGGUUCCUGUCUUUUUCCGUAAAUGUAACAAUUUCAUUCGUUUUUACAGAUGGUAUACAAGUUUGUUAUAAAGGCACAUGAAAGUUCACAUGUUCCAGAUGGCAUUUCUGCCAAAAAAAUGCAUUUUGAUAAAAAAAAUUAGAAUAACGUUCAAAUGCCUCUCCUGUGAAGUAGUGACGUUUGACAUAUGCCUAGCUUCUUGAAACUGGUCUUAUUUAUGAUGUUAUAAUGAUGAAUUUGUGCCUGUGUGUGUGUGUGUGUGUGUGUGUGUGUGUGUCCAGGACGUGGAGGCCAACACGGUGCGUCUGAAGGAACAUGAUCAGGAUGUUCUGGUCCUGGAGAAGAGCCCCAGCAGCAGCCAGACCUCCACCCACGGCACCACCACCACCUCCCACUACAAGUAGCCUACUGAGCUAACUCUAUCAGUCUCACCUUUUCAUCUACUCACUAUAUGAUUAAACCACUUACUGUAGCAGCACUGUUCAAUAGAGGUAGAUUUAUAUAGGAAGUUAAAGGGGACUGUAGGUGUGUGAGACCCUAACCUCACUCCCUUCAGGAAAGAGUAUGAGAAACUGGAAGACAAGUCCCAAAUGGCACCCUAUUCCCUUUAGAGGAGUGUGGUUAGUGUGUGAGAUACUCUCUUGAAGAGAUUUGUGAGUGGAAGAAGUGGGUGAGUUUGAGUUACUCUCUGCUAAAGGGUGUGUAGUAGUGUGGAGCUGGAGACCGGGCAUCAGUUCUAGGGUAAGCCAAGGCUGUGACUGCGAGGCUGCAGACGUGUGUUAUCUACUAGCUAGACUUAAUGGAGGUUGCUGCCAGUGACCGCGGCUGCAGUAAUGGAGAGAGACACUUUAAUGUUAAUCACUGAGAGAUGGACUCCCAUGGAGAAGGCAGGCCCCGUGGGUCACAAUCACUCUGCCAAGGUUGGCCUCUAAUCAACUACGGUGCCAGUCACAUAUGAAGAGUGUGAGGGUGUCAAGCUCCUCUCCUUCCCCCGUGGAGUGCCUGGCACACACCGCCUGUGUCCCAAAUGCCACCCUAUUCCCUAUUUAGUGCACAACUUUUUUUUUACCAGGACCCUAUGGAGGAAUAGGGUGCCAUUUGGGACACAUACACCUUGUUUUCUGUCUCCCCUUAACUAGCCAAUCACAACAAGCCUGGCUUUGUAGUGUGUUGAUUAUUAAGGUCAAGUGGUGGUCUCUCCCUCUGUUUACCUAUGGAGAGACUUCCACACCCACUCUCACCCAGCCAGCCCAUUAUAACCUACAGCACUGGUCAGGAUCUCUUUGACUGUAGUUUGGAUUAUUAUCUAAUGUAGUAAUCACAGGCAGGUAUUCAGAUGACACGGCUCAGUGAAGUGUGGAUGGGAUAGGAACUGUAGUGAGAACUAGCAGGAACCUGUCUUGUUUAAUUUAAUAGGUGAUUGAUUGACACUGCCAUUCCAGAUACACUGUGAUGUCAGGGACACCAGAGAAGAUUCUGGAGCACUUCCUAGAAAUGAUGCGACUGGACUCUCACCUCAACGAAUCAGGUAUAGUAGUGCAUUCUGUCCCUCCAAUAACAUCUCUGGCCACUGUGUACUGUUGUAUUUCUGUGUAGGGACCAAAUUACCACUAUUUCAACCCUAUGUGAUAUGGACUAAUGUAGAUGGAUGUGUUGUGUUCGUCAUGGCUGUCGUGUUUAGAUUGUCUCCACUGUACCCUCUGAGAGAGAGAGCAUCCAUCCUCCGUGCUGCUGCUGACCUGUUUGUUCAUGUCUAUAAUUAGUAGCGCAUCACAGUGCUUAUCUAAUUACGCUUGGUUGUGUGGACUCUCCUGGCUGCUUUCAUGUCCCAGCCGUCCACGGUGACAGAGCCAUGUGUGAUCAAGCCUAUAAUACUGUCAGCAUGCUGGCCUGGCACCCAUUCAUCUGACAUCACAGGUGCCUCUUUCUCUAUCUCUCCCUCUCUCUGCACAGACCCAGCUCUGGACGACUUUGUGCUCAUGCACUGCGUCUUCAUUCCUAACAGCCAGCUGUGUCCAGUGCUCAUGGCCCAAUAUCCUUUCAGUCACUGAAAAUAGCAAAUUAUGAGCGUAUAUGUUUUUGUGUGAAUUUUUACAAAUGAGUAUCAGUAUCCCUUAUGUAUCCUGUAUGUAUUAGACAUCCAAGAGUAGGAUCAGAAUCAGGAUAUAGGAUCAGGUCCCCCAUGUCCUAAUAAUCAUAUUCAUUGUUACUUAAAUGGCAAAACUGAUCCUGAAUCAACACUCUGAGACGCUUGCUACAAAUGGCCCCUGGACUAAAAUGGGAGUCAAGCUGUAGCUCCUAUGUGUUUCUGUCCUUAACGACACUGCACCUACCACGCUGAGGCGUCCCAGGGCUCAGAACAGGAGCGUCUGGACUACACCUUGAACAACAAGAGGAGGGUGAUCAGGCUGGUGCUGCAGUGGGCCUCAGUACAUGGAGAUCACCUUCAGGAGGAGGACGCCUCACUAGCCUUCCUAGAGGUCAGUGGAUAUAUCCCAAAUGGCACCCUAUUCCCUAUGUCGUGCACUACUUUUGACCAGAGCCCUAGCCCAAAGGUAGUGCACUAUAAAGGGAAUAGGGUGCCAUUUGGGACUUAUAUUCCUCACCAUCUUUUCUUGUGUACUGGAUUCAGCUUGUUGCUUAAAAAGAUACUGCUUGCUGUAAAUUGUAUAGUAUUAGUGAUCCUCAUCUGAUAAUCCAAAUGAGUUUGGGCUCAUUUUGAACCUCUCCUCAUUGUGAGUGUCGAUAUGUUGCAGGAGUUCUUUGUGUCUGUAUCUGAUGAUGCCAGUGUGAUUCCUGCUCUGAAAGAUCAACUCCCAGAGUUAGAGAAGAUAGUUAAAAACAGGUAAGUGUGUGUAAAUGUACAGUGAGGGAAAAAAGUAUUUGAUCCCCUGCUGAUUUUGUACGUUUGCCCACUGACAAAGAUAUGAUCAGUCUAUAAUUUUAAUGGUAGGUUUAUUUGAACAGUGAAAGACAGAAUAACAACAAAGAAAUCCAGAAAAACGCAUGUCAAAAAUGUUAUAAAUUGAUUUGCAUUUUAAUGAGGGAAAUAAGUAUUUGACCCCUCUGCAAAACAUGACUUAGUACUUGGUGGCAAAACCCUUGUUAGCAAUCACAGAGGUCAGACGUUUCUUGUAGUUGGCCACCAGGUUUGCACACAUCUCAGGAGGGAUUUUGUCCCACUCCUCUUUGCAGAUCUUCUCCAAGUCAUUAAGGUUUUGAGGCUGACAUUUGGCAACUCAAACCUUCAGCUCCCUCCACAGAUUUUCUAUGGGAUUAAGGUCUGGAGACUGGCUAGGCCACUCCAGGACCUUAAUGUGCUUCUUCUUGAGCCACUCCUUUGUUGCCUUGGCCGUGUGUUUUGGGUCAUUGUCAUGCUGGAAUACCCAUCCACGACCCAUUUUCAAUGCCCUGGCUGAGGGAAGGAGGUUCUCAUCUGACCACAACACUUUCACCCAGUUCUCCUCUGAAUCAUUCAGAUGUUCAUUGGCAAACUUCAGACGGGCCUGUAUAUGUGCUUUCUUGAGCAGGGGGACCUUGCGGGCGCUGCAGGAUUUCAGUCCUUCACGGCGUAGUGUGUUACCAAUUGUUUUCUUGGUGACUAUGGUCCCAGCUGCCUUGAGAUCAUUGACAAGAUCCUCCCGUGUAGUUCUGGGCUGAUUCCUCACCGUUCUCAUGAUCAUUGCAACUCCACGAGGUGAGAUCUUGCAUGGAGCCCCAGGCCGAGGGAGAUUGACAGUUCUUUUGUGUUUCUUCCAUUUGCAAAUAAUCUCACCAAUUGUUGUCACCUUCUCACCAAGCUGCUUGGCGAUGGUGUUGUAGCCCAUUCCAGCCUUGUGUAGGUCUACAAUCUUGUCCCUGACAUCCUUGGAGAGCUCUUUGGUCUUGGCCAUGGUGGAGAGUUUGGAAUCUGAUUGAUUGAUUGCUUCUGUGGACAGGUGUCUUCUAUACAGGUAACAAACUGAGAUUAGGAGCAAUCCCUUUAAGAGUGUGCUCCUAAUCUCAGCUCGUUACCUGUAUAAAAUACACCUGGGAGCCAGAAAUCUUUCUGAUUGAGAGGGGGUCAAAUACUUAUUUCCCUCAUUAAAAUGCAAAUUUAUAACAUUUUGGACAUUUUUUCUUGAUUUAUUUGUUGUUAUUCUGUCUCUCACUGUUCAAAUAAACCUACCAUUAAAAUUAUAGACUGAUAAUUUCUUUGUCAGUGGGCAAACGUACAAAAUCAGCAGGGGAUCAAAUACUUUUUUCCCUCACUGUAUUGUUACUGCGUUGCACUUAUCUUUAGUGUCCCGAGCUUUAGAAUGGUGUAAUCUCAUUUUGUUUACCUUUUCAGCUCUGAUGAUGCAAGAUGUUCUCCAAAAAAGGUAUGUGACCCAGCUAUGACCCCGAGCACAGUAGUCGUAUUCUGUGCUUUUGUUUUCAUUGUCAACCCGCGCUAUACACUACCAGUCAAAAGUUUGGACACAUCUGCUCAUACAAGGGUUUUUCUUUAUUUUUUACUAUUUUCUACAUUGUAGAAUAAUAGUGAAGACAUCAAAACUAUGAAAUAACACAUAUGGAAUCAUGUAGUAACCAAAAACAUAUAUUUUAUAUUUGAGAUUCUUCAAAUACACCCUUUGCCUUGAUGACAGCUUUGCACACUCUUGGCAUUCUCUCAACCAGCUUCAUGAGGUAGUCACCUGGAAUGCAUUUCAAUUAACAGGUGUGCUUUCUUAAAAGUUAAUUUGUAGAAUUUCUUUCCUUCUUAAUGUGUUUGAGCCAAUCAGUUGUGACAAGGUAGGGGGGUAUACAGAAAAUAGCCCUAUUUGGUAAAUACCAAGUCCAUAUUAUGUCAAGAACAGCUCAAAUAAGCAAAGAGAAAUGACAGUCCAUCAUUACUUUAAGACAUGAAGGUCAGUCAAUCCGGAAAAUUUCAAGAACUUUGAAAGUUUCUUCAAGUGCAGUCGCAAAAAACAUCAAGCACUAUGAUGAAAUUGACUCUCAUGAGGACCGCCAAAGGAAUGGAAGACCCAGAGUUACCCCUACUGCAGAGGAUAAGUUCAUUAGAGUUACCAGCCUCAGAAAUUGCAGCCCAAAUAAAUGCUUCACAGAGUUCAAGUCACAGACACAUCUCAACAUCAACUGUCCAGAGGGGACUGUGUGAAUCAGGCCUUCUUGGUUGCAUUGCUGCAAAGAAACCACUACUAAAGGACACCAAUAAUAAGAAGAGACCUGCUUGGGCCAAGAAACACGAGCAAUGGACAUUAGACCGUUAGAAAUGUGUACUUUGGUCUGGAGUCCAAAUUUGAGGUUUUUGGUUCCAUCCGCUGUGUCUUUGUGAGACGCGGUGUGGGUGAAUGGAUGAUCUCCACAUGUGUAUUUCCCACCGUAAAGCAUGGAGAAGGAGGUGUUAUGAUGUGGGGGUGCUUUGCUGGUGACACUGUCUGUGAUUUAUUUAGAAUUCAAGGCACACUAAACCAGCAUGGCUACCACAGCAUUCUGCAGCGAUACGCCAUCCCAUCUGGUUUGGGCUUAGUGGGAAUAUAAUUUGUUUUUCAACAGGACAAUGACCCAACACGCCUCCAGGCUGUGUAAGGGCUAUUUUACCAAGAAGGAGUGUGAUGGAGUGCUGCAUCAGAUGACCUGGCCUCCACAAUCACCCAACCUCAAUCCAAUUGAGAUGGUUUGGGAUAAGUCGGACGACAGAGUGAAGGAAAAGCAGCCAACAAGUGCUCAGCAUAUGUGGGAACUCCUUCAAGCCUGUUGGAAAAGCAUUCCAGGUGAUGCUGGUUGAGAGAAUGCCAAGAGUGUGCAAAGCUGUCAUCAAGGCAAAGGGUGGCUAUUUGAAGAAUCUCAAAUAUCAAAUAUAUUUUGAUUUGUUGAACACUUUUUUGGUUACUACAUGAUUCCAUAUGUGUUAUUUCAUAAUGUUGAUGUCUUCACUAUUAUUCUACAAUGUAGAAAAUAGUAAAUAUAAAGAAAAACCCUUGAAUGAGUAGGUGUGUCCAAACUUUUGACUGGUACUGAACGUACAUUUCCCCCGCUCAUGCUUUUUUUGUCAUGCUGUCCUGUUUCAGCACAAAGUCCUGUUGCGGCAGUUCAGCAUGGGGGAUGAGAAGCUGCAGAAACGACAGGUCAUCAAGAGUAAUGAUGAGAGUAAGUAUGGCGUAGUGUAUGUGUGAAAUCAUGCAGGAUAUGAGUUAGAAGAGAGCUAAAAGCUAUAGAAAAGCACAGUGUAGUAGUAUGAGCCUUUUGGCAGCCAGCAGUGACACAGUGUUUUGAACAUCUACAAUGACCUGGACUCUAGUUUGUCUUCCCAUCCCCCAUUCCUCCAUGUUAAUGACCCUGUAUUGUGCUCUGUCCCCAUGCAGUCCUGUUCAAAGUGUACUGCAGUGACCACACCUACACCACCAUCCGGGUCCCCGUGGCCGCCUCAGUCAGAGAGGUCAUCAGCGCUGUGGCCGACAAGCUGGGGUCAGCGGAGGACCUCCUCCUGGUCAACCUCAGUUCGGCCGGAGGUGAGAAGGGCCACAGCCACACGCUAAUCAAACGAUGGUGGACGCCACACAGUCUUUCCACACAUAGCUAUUUGCAGAUGCUAUGAUGCUCAUUAAUCAGGGGCUGAUUUACUGGGAAAUGAUUGGCUUUUGGUGCUGAAUUACUCUGUUCCAAUUACCUGGUGUAUGCUCAAGAUAGUACCGUAGCCUGCAGGAGAGCAGCAUAGAGAAAAGCUUGGGGCAAUAUUGCUGUUCUUGCUUCAACUCAUAAGAUUCUACACACGCCUGUUGCUGCCAUUGGCUGGUACUUGCUGUAUGGAUAUUCCAGUGUCUCUGCCAGGGCGUACUUAUCCACCUCUCUCUCUGGCCCAUGUUUGAUCUGCUCUUUCCCCGUACCAAGUAGUAAAUAAAGCCAGAAGCGCAGCUGCUCCAUGGUCUCUGAGACCCUAAUCAUAUUGCCCAUUAAUCUAGUUAUUUACUGGCAUUUGUUUUGCUGCUAAGAAUCUGGGCACAAUUCUCUGCUGAGGAUUCAGAGGAAUUUGGAUGCCCCAGUCUGUCAUAUUAAUCAAAUCAAAUCAAAUCAAAUUGUAUUGGUCACAUGCGCCGAAUACAACAGGUGCAGACAUUACAGUGAAAUGCUUACUUACAGCCCUUAACCAACAGUGCAUUUAUUUUAAACUAAAAAGUAAAAAUAAAACAACAACAAAAAAAAGUGUUGAGAAAAGAAAGAGCAGAAGUAAAAUAAAGUGACAGUAGGGAGGCUAUAUAAUCAGGGGGGUACCGUUGCAGAGUCAAUGUGCGGGGGCACCGGCUAGUUGAGGUAGUUGAGGUAAUAUGUACAUGUGGGUAGAGUUAAAGUGACUAUGCAUAAAUACUUAACAGAGUAGCAGCAGCGUAAAAAGGAUGGGGUGGGGGGGCAGUGCAAAUAGUCCGGGUAGCCAUGAUUAGCUGUUCAGGAGUCUUAUGGCUUGGGGGUAGAAGCUGUUGAGAAGUCUUUUGGACCUAGACUUGGCACUCCGGUACCGCUUGCCGUGCGGUAGCAGAGAGAACAGUCUAUGACUAGGGUGGCUGGAGUCUUUGACAAUUUUGAGGGCCUUCCUCUGACACUGCCUGGUAUAGUGGUCCUGGAUGGCAGGAAGCUUUGCCCCAGUGAUGUACUGGGCCGUACGCACUACCCUCUGUAGUGCCUUGCGGUCGGAGGCCAAGCAGUUGCCAUACCAGGCGGUGAUGCAACCAGUCAGGAUGCUCUCGAUGGUGCAGCUGUAGAAUUUUUUGAGGAUCUGAGGACCCAUGCCAAAUCUUUUUAGUCUCCUGAGGGGGAAUAGGCUUUGUCGUGCCCUCUUCACGACUGUCUUGGUGUGUUUGGACCAUGAUAGUUCGUUGGUGAUGUGGACACCAAGGAACUUGAAGCUCUCAACCUGUUCCACUACAGCCCCGUCGAUGAGAAUGGGGGCAAUAUUGCCAGUUCUAAUGCUAACAUAAUGCAGCCUCUUCAGAGUCUUCUUGACCACUUUCUUUGAUGAUGAAGUUAAAGGACGACUGGGGGUUAUAUCAGAUGAAACAGCAGAGCUCCAUGGCAACCGCAGCCAGUUAAACCCUGUAGCAGUGUAACCUUCUACUCCUGGGAUUAGGGCUAAGUAAAAUACCGGGGGGCAUCUUUAGCACCUUACCCUUGUUAUGUGACUUUUGAACAUAGUAUAAUAAUAUGCUUAUGUUUUUAUAUGAUGAUGAUGAUGAUGAUGAUAAUAAUAAUAAUAAUAAUAAUAAUAAUAAUAAUAAUUGAUUAAACUUCUAUAGCGCUUUUCAUAACAGAAAUAAAUCUCAAAGCGCUUCAAAAGCAAAAAACUAACAAACAAGCAAUACACUAUCAUGAGUAGCCUAGAAAAAGCUAGCUAGGUCAACCAAUAGAGGCCAUAGAUGGAGAGGGACAGUUCAUGGCGUGAUCAGAGGAAGGUGGUCAAAGAGAUAGUUGAAGAAGAGUCUGGUGACGAUCUUGUAGAGGGCUACUCUGGGAACAAGCUUGAGUUGUGUAGCCAUUGGACCUUUCCUCCUUCACAGUGUGUGGCACCCACUUGGGUGAUGGCUCAGCAGCUCUGGGCGCAAGAAAGCUCACCACACACAGUUCAGAGUAGUAGCCAGUCAUCCUCCCUACGAACCCUCUGCCUCAGCACUGCAUUCCUCCACUGCAUUUCCCAUUCCUCUCAAGCUUCAGAUGGCUCCUCAAAUGAUGUUUUCAAAAGAUCAGGAACCAGCAGCCAGGUGAAACAAAAAAGCUGGUAGCUGUGUCCAGAUGAAUCAUUCAAACAAAAACAUUAGCCAGCUAGCUUGCUAGCUACAGUAGCAAAGCCAAAAAGAGUUGACCUGCCAGUCAGUCUGCAAAUUUGUGGGUUAAAACUACCAGAUAUAUGUGAUAAAGACUCAAUGUUAUAAAAAAAAAAACUGCUGAUAAUUCUUUUUUUUACAGGAGCUCUGUCUCAUGUCUUUGCCAUCUCUCGUUUGUUGUUUUCCUUCAGAUAAAGUGGUGCUGAAGCCCAACGAUAUUUCAGUCUUCUCCACACUCAGCAUCAAUGGCCGUCUGUUUGUCUGCCCCAGGGAUCAACUGGAUUCAUUGGUGUGUAAAUGCCCCUCAGAAAAAAAAAAAAACGCAUUCAGACUGACCUGACUGAUUCCCAGAGGUUCCACUACAAACAAAUCUCGUGCAUCUGUUACUUUGAAGCAUGUUGCUUCUCAUGUAUUUCGCUCAUGUAAUAUUUUGUUUUAAAUCAACAGACAUAUGUUCACUGGCCGGAGGCUACUGUUGCAUUUCGACUUGUUAUAGUUGUGUAACUGUCAUUGUAUCUAUCAAAAUGGUCCUGUAUUUCAUAUGAGUGUUAAUUGUAUGAUGAAGGAUGAUAUACAGACAAAUGUAAAUUAUACUGUAUAUUAAGUGUGCGCUAUAUUUCAGACACCCUUGCCAGAGCAGGAAGGGCCCUCCACUGGCUCCAUGGGCAGCUUUGAGUUGAUGAGCUCUAAAGACCUGGCCUAUCAGAUGACUGUCUACGACUGGGAACUCUUCCACUGUGUACAUGAGGUGUGUCAGACCACUGAGGGAAUGAGGAAUUACUUGAUUCUAUGGCUGUGUCCUAAAUGACACCCUAUUCCCUAUAUAGUGCACUACUUUCAACCAGAGCCCAAUGGGGAAUAGGGUGCCAUUUGGGACGCAGUCUGUCUUCCUAUCGAUUAACUAUUCAACCAAUAUAUUGAUACCUUAUUAUGGAAACUAUCAGGGACACGGUAAUUGACUUUCUCUCUUGCCCUGUUCUACAGCAUGAGCUGAUCUACCAUACGUUUGGGAGGCAGAACUUCAAGAAGACCACGGCCAACAUGGACCUGUUCCUCAGGAGGUUCAAUGAGAUCCAGCUGUGGGUGAUCACAGAGAUCUGUCUGUGUACUCAGCUCAGCAAGCGCGUUCAGAUGCUCAAGAAGUUCAUCAAGAUCGCUGCCCAGUGAGUGGCACUUGCCAUGUCCCAGUCCUCCUGUCGCCCUCUCUCUCUCAUGCACGGAUUCAUGCACGUUUGUACACACACACACACACACACACACACACACACACACACACAUGGCCCUGCUACUCUACAGCCAUCGGGCGUCAGCCAUUGAGGGAAUGAUUCCUUUGAAAAGAAAUGAAAGCUGCUAUACUGCCCUUGUUGUGCUCGUGUUGCGUCACGUCCAAUGGCAGCGUCUAAGCUCAAGAAUCGCUGAGGUUCAAUUCUUGAUGGCUGACGCAUACAUUCAUUGAUUGAAAUAAUGAGAAGUUGAUUUUGGUUGCUUAUGGUCUCGACUAUAUACCACUGGUCAUUUUAUUAAGAAGCUACUAGCUAGCAUAAUGUCAAGAAGCUACUAGCUAGCAUAAAGUCAAGAAGCUACUAGCUAGCAUAAAGUCAAGAAGCUACUAGUUAGCAUAAACUCUUAGCUAGCUAGCUAGCUACAUUGAGUACAGUUACAUGCACACAAUAAUAUGAUUAUUGUGAAUAGUCAGAUAAAUAUAAUAGUUUGAUUUAAACGUUUACAUGCUUUGCAAGAAGAAUGAUUUCCCUAAUAAUCCUGUUUACAUGGACACAUCUGAAACCAGGCUACCUGAUGGGACUUUGAUAAAUGCAGAAAAUUGCCAAUCAAAAUAAACGUUCUACUACACGUUCUACCACAGCCACCAUGUUAUUUUGGGGAUUUCGGACAUAUAAAAGUUGUAUGGGAAAACUAUUUUUAAGAUGCAUAAUUUUUCCGAACUCACUUUAUUCGCGCAAAAGAAGGAAGCUUGCGCUGCUAGUGCUAGCACAUAUCUAAUACACCGCUGUAACUCUGAUUUAAGGCGUUUACAUGUCAUAAUAAUUCGAAAGAUUGCUCAGAAAACCAGGUGUUUUAAUCGGCGUAUGCUUACUUCGAUUAUGAUCUUACGCCGAUUUAAGAUAAACAGAGUAAGUAGGCAGUGCUACAUGACUAAUGCCAUACUCGGCAUACUGCCAUAAUCAGUUUAAUAUCGAAUGUAAAUGUACUCACGGACUAUGUUCACAAUGUAAACAAAAGCAACUAGUGUAAUUAGAGGGUAAUUUAGUACAACCACUAGCAACAAUUUAAGGAGUACUUGCGAAAAACUGGACCAAAGCUAUUGUACUUACACAUAAGGAUGAAUAUAUUACAGUACAUUAGGGGUAUAAAAACAAAUAAAGAGAGUCGCACACUCUAUGUAUAAAAUCACUGUUAAGAAGGCACAGUGAUGCCGAAACGUUGGUGGUUUCUUACCCAAUAAAUUACUGGGAGUUUAUACAUCGAGUGUGCGACUCUCUUUAUUUGUUUUUAUAGCUUACAGUUUAUUCACCGUUAGUCAACACCUCUACACUAAAUAAUGUUAUCUGGGUGUGCGCCAGCUCAUGCUUUUUACAGUACAGUAGGGGAAAAUAGAAUAAAGGUGCUCAGGUAGCAGGUAGAUUUUUUUUUUUUAGCAGAGCGACUUACAGUUAGUGCAUAAAUUUUUUUCUUCCAUACUGGACCCCCGUGGGAAUCGAACCCACAACCCUGGCGUUGCAAGCGCCAUGAUCUACCAACUAAGCUACAGUAGGCAAUUUCACAUUGACUCGACGCUGAUGGGAAAGCAACCAAACGUGUAUAAUGGCCACACACACACACACACACACACACACACAGACCCCUAUGAUGACUUAUAUUAGUCACAUGUAACAUGUGACCUGAUCCUGAUAAAUGAUUGGACUAUUUUCUCUCUGUAACAGCUGUAAGGAGUAUAAGAACCUCAACUCCUUCUUCGCUAUCAUUAUGGGCAUGAGCAACCCAGCCGUGAGCAGACUGAGUCAGACCUGGGAGGUGGGUGUCUGUCCGUCCGUCUUUGUCUGUCACGGUGUCUGUAUAUCUGUCUGUCCAACAACACUCACCUGUGUUUAGCACCUGCCCAAGAAUAUAGUGGUUUCAUCUGUCUGUUAACCUUGCUUGUUAUUUGUGUUGACAGAAACUACCCAGCAAAUUCAAGAAAUUUUACAGCGAAUUUGAAAGCUUAAUGGUGAGUAGUAUGAACCAUUUUAGCCCCAUACAGUGGCUUGCAAAAGUAUUCACCCCCCUUGGUAUUUUUCCUAUUUUGUUGCCUUACAACCUGGAAUUAAAAUGGAUUUUUUGGGGGUUUGUAUCAUUUGAUUUACACAACAUGCCUACCACUUUGAAGAUGCAAAAUAUAUUUUUUAUUGUGAAACAAACAAGAAAUAAGACAAAUAAGAUAUUUGUAGAACCACCUUUUGCAGCAAUUACAGCUGCAAGUCUCUUAGGGUAUGUCUCUAUAAGCUUGGCAUAUCUAGCCACUGGGGUUUCUGCCCAUUCUUUAAGGAAAAACUGCUCCAACUUCUUCAAGUUGGAUGGGUUCCGCUGGUGUACAGCAAUCUUUAAGUCAUACCACAGAUUCUCAGUUGGAUUGAGGUCUGGGCUUUGACUAGGCCAUUCCAAGACAUUUCAAUGUUUCCCCUUAAACCACUCGAGUGUUGCUUUAGCAGUAUGCUUAGGGUCAUUGUCCUGCUGGAAGGUGAACCUCCGUCCCAGUCUCAAAUCUCUGGAAGACUGAAACAGAUUUCCCUCAAGAAUUUCCCUGUAUUUAGCGCCAUCCAUCAUUCCUUCAAUUCUGACCAGUUUCCCAGUCCCUGCCGAUAAAAAGCAUCCCCACAGCAUGAUGCUGCCACCACCAUGCUUCACUGUGGGGAUGGUGUUCUCGGGGUGAUGAGAGGUGUUGGGUUUGACAGAUCAUGUGACACUUAGAUUGCACACAGGUGGACUUAUUUAACUAAUUAUGUGUUCUGAAGGUAAUUGGUUGCACCAGAUCUUAUUUAGGGGCUUCAUAGCAAAGGGGGUGAAUACAUAUGCACGCACCACUUUUCCGUUAUUUAUUUUGUAUAAUUCUUUGAAACAAGUGAUUUUUUUCAUUUCACCUUACCAAUUUGGACUAUUUUGUGUAUGUCCAUUACAUGAAAUCCAAAUAAAAAUCUAUUUAAAUUACAGGUUGUAAUGCAACAAAAUAGCAAAAACGCCAAAGGGGGUGAAUACUUUUGCAAGGCACUGUAUCAACUAUUCAUCCACUCACAUAGUCUCUAGCCUUGCUUUCUAUAGCUUCUAUUUAUUCAAAUAUUGAAUUGAAACUUGACAUUCUUGGAUGGUCAUUUGUCAUCGAGCAAUGUAUGGAUUGAGCAGCACCACCCUUGGCUGUGACUGUGAUAUGCCCACUUAACAUGGUUAUGGCAGAUCUCAGAACAGUGUGAGUGUUUCCACAGGACCCGUCCAGGAACCACCGGGCGUAUCGGCUCACUGUGGCCAAGCUGGACCCACCCAUCAUUCCCUUCAUGCCGCUGCUGAUCAAAGGUCAUUGCAACACAACACAGCUCUCUCUCCACUGUCUAUAUGACCCUCCAUGUUGUUUUACCCAUUAUCUUACCCAUUGAUUGACCAUUGAGAGGUUUAUCCUCACUGCCUCUUGUGUGAAGAAAUGACUUAAAUGUAAAAUGUAAAUGUUAAAGAAAUUAUUAUCAGCAACUUUUGAACUAUUGUUUUGGAGUGUCGACCUGUGACACAGUGUAACUACAGUAGCUUCUAUAUUGUUUGCUUGUGUCAAUUCCACUCCUUGUACUUUUGUAUAUGCUCUUUCUAUGUGUGUAAUCAUAUUGCUGUUAUCUUUUCAGACAUGACAUUCACUCAUGAUGGAAACAAGACGUUAAUUGACAGUUUGGUCAAUUUUGAGAAAAUGGUAAGGCCCUCCAGGAUGAUAUAGAUUUUUACAUUAUAUUAUUUUAUAUUGAAAGGCUAAAUUAUUAAUGGCACCCUGAAAAAGGAACAGUGAUGCCGAAACAUUGGUGUUUUAGCCACAAAAUUACUGGGAGCUUACAUAUAGUGUGCGACUCUCUUUAUUUGUAUAAAUUAAUGAUGGUAAAGUGUGUUUGUGUAUUUAUUUAUUUUUAGCGAAUGAUCGCUAAUACAGUGAGGAUUGUGAGAUACUGCAGAAGUCUGCCAUUCAGUAAGUCAACAUACUGUUCAUCUGUGUAGUCUUCACUUGACUGGCUUACAACAGGACAUUGUUUUAAUAAAAGUGGGUUUCCUCUUCCUCUCAGGUGCAGAGACAUCUCAGACCAGUAAGAACCACCCGGACGUGCGGAGCUACGUGCGCCAGCUGACUGUUAUUGACAACCAGAGAACACUGUCUCAGCUCUCCCAUAGACUGGAGCCUCGCAGAACCUGA